AUGGCACCCCCGCGUCAACGUCCGCCUCCAAGCUCCUUCCCAGGAGGAGGCGACGAUUCCCGCUCCGAGGCAUCGAGUACAGCGACCGGAGGGCCGACAUCGCGCGGAAUCCCCGGACCAAAACCGCGCAAGACUGCAGCUGCCGGUGCUAUUUUAGGUGUUGCGGCGACGACGACGACGGGGACGCUGGCGAGCGCGAAAGAUCUCAAAGUUGCUGCUGCGACGGGCGCGGCGGCGGCUGCUAAUGCUGCAGCAGCAGCAGCAAUGUCGGGUAUGGCGCAGGGAAAUGGGGUUGAUUUUUACGGAAUCGACGGGUUCAGGGAUGAUUUACCUGGUAUACCAUGGCACCAAAUGCCCCUCUCAAUCCUACACGAUUAUAGACACGCCUACAAACUCUCUACACCAAGCGCAUACGCCCGACCCAUCUCGAAGAUAUACUUCUCCUCUGGCAUUGGUCUUCGCUCCCCGACGGCUAUAGCAGCCAGAAAAGCCGCUUCGGCUGUCGCUACAUCCUCGUCCUCGUCAUCUUCAUCAUCUGCAUCAACAUCGUCCGGACCAGCGCACCGAUCAAGAAAUGCCGUUCUCAAGCCAUCGACGGAGACGAACAAAGUGAGCAAGAUAAAUAGCCAAGACCGCGUCGGAAAGGAGCAGUUGGCGCUUGCGGUGAGGAAGCAUUUUAAUGCGGCGGGGCUGGUGGAGCAGGAUGCUAUUGCGAGGUUUUUGUAUAAGGUGCGCGAGGAAGGAAAGGGGAGGGAGUUUCGGUUGCGGUUUCAGCCUUAA